AUGGCGGCUAUGCACCUUCCAGUUUCUCUUAUAACUAAUAAAGAAUACCUUCCUUGGAAUGUGCAAAAGUUUGGUGGUACAAGUAUUGGAAAAUUUCUGGAAAAUAUCGCGAAUAAUAUCGUAAAACCUUGUUUGGAAGUGCGACGAGUCGCUUUAGUAUGUUCUGCACGUAGUGGCGAAUCAAAGGCAAAAGGAACCACUAAUAGGUUACUUGAAGCUUCAAAAGAAGCACUCAAAAAGGAUUCCAAAAAAUAUGUUCGAAUCGUAAAUGAAAUUUGUCAAGAACAUGUGAAAGCUUCACAAGAAAUUAUCAUGAAUAAAGAAAUCCUAAAAGAAUUAGAAAAGCAAUUGAUUCAUGAUUGCUUGCUGCUCAAAAAUUUCUUGGAUGCCGCACAGAUCAUUGAGGAAAUUUCACCACGCUCACAAGAUAUUAUCAUCGGAUUUGGAGAAAGGUUGUCCUGUCGUAUUAUUACGGCUGUCUUACAAGACAAGGGGAUAGAUGCCGAAUUUGUUAAUUUAGAUAAUAUUAUUGAUCAACGAUUUGACGAAAACAAUCUAAAUCAAAAAUUUUACGAUUAUUUAGCAAAGAGAAUCACGGAUGUAGUUAGUAAAUGUGAAAACCGCGUGCCCGUUAUCACUGGAUAUUUUGGACUGGUACCGGGAGGUCUUCUUAAUAGCAUUGGGCGAGGCUAUACGGAUUUAUGCGCAGCACUCCUGGCAGUGGGACUUGGGGCCAAGGAACUUCAGGUUUGGAAGGAGGUUGAUGGAAUUUUUACAGCAGAUCCUCGUAAAGUUUGCAAUGCAAGGCUUUUACCAAUCAUUACACCCGAAGAAGCAUCAGAGCUUACAUAUUAUGGAUCUGAAGUGAUACAUCCAUUUACUAUGGAACAAGUUAUAAGAGCGAACAUUCCAAUUCGUAUAAAAAACGUUAAUAACCCAAAUGGUAAAGGAACAAUUAUCUUUCCCGAUAUUAAUGAGAUUAGUAAGGUCCCAUUUAGAAAAGGAUUUUCAAACGGACGUUGCUUUUCAACCCUUCUAUAUGAAAAUGGAUACCAUGAUGAUAUGUCCAGAAGACAUCCUACAGCUGUUACCAUAAAGAAUAACAUUAUCGUUCUAAAUAUUCAUUCAAAUCGUAAAACCAUCAGUCACGGAUUUUUCGCACAAAUCUUUGUAGCACUAGAUACUUAUGGGAUUAUUGUAGAUUUGAUCUCUACGAGUGAAGUCCAUGUAUCUAUGGCACUUGGCGUAGAAGGAGAUUUAGAUAAGGCAUUGAACGAAUUGAGGAAAUUAGGCACGGUUGAUAUACUUAAAGAUAUGGCAAUAUUAAGUUUGGUCGGUAAACAAAUGAAGAACAUGGUGGGUAUUGCUGGUAGAAUGUUUUCUACGCUCGCUGCGGCAAAUGUGAAUAUCGAAAUGAUUUCCCAAGGGGCAUCAGAAAUUAACAUUUCAUGUGUGAUUGAUGAGCGUAAUUCCGACAAAGCAUUAAACGUCAUUCAUGAACACUUACUAUCUAAUUUGCCGUCAUUAUAA